CUUCCGCCUAAGACCGGAGCCGGAAGUUGUUUCCUCAGUUUCUUCCUUUCUUUUGCCUUUUUCCCUCGUGCGUGCAGGUGAAUAAGACGCUGGCUCACCGCUGUUCAAAGGAUCAACUGUUUUUCCAUUGAUUAAGUCGGCCAGAACACGUAUUAACAUGUCGUUCAAGGAUACCAGCUUCAACAAGGAAGGGUCUAUGAAGGCUGCCGCUGAUGAGGCUCCAAUCCACAGAAUUCGCAUCACACUGACAAGCAGGGUGGUCAAAAGUCUGGAAAAGGUGUGUGCUGACCUCAUCAAGGGCGCAAAAGAGAAGAGCCUGAAAGUGAAAGGACCAGUGCGCAUGCCCACCAAGAUACUUCGCAUCACCACCAGAAAGACUCCCUGUGGUGAAGGUUCCAAGACCUGGGACAGAUAUCAGAUGAGGAUUCACAAGAGAAUCAUCGAUCUUCACAGUCCAUCUGAGAUCGUGAAGCAGAUCACUUCCAUCAGUAUUGAACCAGGUGUGGAAGUUGAGGUCACCAUCGCUGAUGCUGCGUAAAAAAUUGGACAUGGAGUACCAAUAAAAUGUUGGCAAUAAAGUUGUCUUAAAAAGUU